CUGGCGGUUGAAGAACACAACUGUCUGAUUACUAUCGCGUGUUCCACCGGAAGGAAAUAUCAAUUUUGCUGGAAGUCAUAAUGGCUGGAGCGGAGCAUGUAACAUAUUUGCAGGUGUUAUUUGUACCCGGUUUGUAGUCCUCUUAAAUUCACAAAUACCCGAGGUUGCAUUUCACAGUUGCGUCACUGUAGGCACACACACACACAAGGGAGAGGUGCAGGACCGCAACCAAGUGGGACUGGCCAUUAUCGCCCAGGUCAGCCAUGGGUUUGUUAGAUAAACUAUCUGCAUGUCUACGGCUGAGGCGCAAGAGCGCGAAUAUUCUUUGCUUGGGGCUGGAUAACAGCGGCAAGAGCACCAUCAUCGACCGUUUGAAACCCGCCAGUGCAGAAGUCCAACUCGUAACACCAACAAUUGGAUUCAAUGUAGAGAAAUUCUCCACAAUCAGGUUGUCCUUUACAGUGUUUGACAUGUCAGGCCAGGGAAGAUACAGAAACCUUUGGGAACAUUACUAUAAGGAUGCUCACGCCAUUAUUUUUGUCAUUGACAGUGUGGAUAGACUGAGGAUUUCUGUGGUGAAAGAAGAAUUAGACACCCUCCUUAUUCAUCCAGAUGUCAAAUACUCUCGAACCCCAAUCCUCUUUUUUGCAAAUAAAAUGGAUCUGAAAGAUGUUAUGUCAUCAGAUACACUGACCAACACUUUGAAACUUCAUGACAUCCAGUGUAAACCUUGGUCUAUAUGGUAG